AUGGUUUAUUCUCCAAAAAUUCUUGUUUUUCUAACAAGUAUAGCCAUGUUUUUUCGCAAUUUUAUCUGUAACGCUCUAAUUAUGGAAAGAUUAUUAGCUACAAUUUGGGUAACUAAUUAUGAAAAUAAUCGUUCACGUUGGUUCACAUUUACUUGGGUUACAAUUGAUGUUAUUGUAACUGUUAUAAACGCUUAUUUCUUCACAAAUUCCUCAAGCUCGAAUAAUUUACUUGUAACUGUAGUAUGGCAGUUUAUUUUAUCAAUUAUAGGAAUUAUCGAAAUUUAUGUAAAUAUUUUUAUAAAUUUUUAA